CUCUCUCAAGCCAGCAGAGUGCUUCGGCAAACUCAAGGUUCAUGUGGUUUAUGGUCACAGACUUCAGUCAAGAGCCGGAAGUGUUGUCGCUGCCCUGUGCAACUUGGGUUUUUCUUUAUCCUGAAGUCUUUGCUUAAAAGAACUACAUACCAGGGGCUGCUCCAGCCCCUCUCAGACCUGGGCACCCCCAGCUCUUAGGGACUCAAAACAGACAUAUAUGGCAGUGUGCUCUAGGGUGUAGUAAAGAGAGAGGGGCCAAAGAAAACUGGACCCUCUGGACAGAGCUUUUGCAGCUUCUACAGCCAGAUGGUGGCCCCUGGUGUACUGCUCACCAUGAAGUCCCCCUGGAAAGUCCUCAUGGUGGCUCCUGUGCUCCUUCUCUUCUCUCACUCAUUGGCCUCUGCAGUGGAUCAGGACCAGCCAGGUGCCAGCUCCUUCAAUAGCCACGGCUGUCUAGGCUGUGUGCUGGUGGUAUCUGUGAUUGAACAGCUGGCUCAAGUUCACAACUCCACCGUCCAGGCUUCAAUGGAGAGACUGUGCAGCUAUCUGCCUGAAAAGCUGUUCUUGAAAACCACCUGCCAUUUCUUGGUUCAAAUAUUUGGAUCAGACAUCAUAAAACUACUUGAUGUACAUAUGAAUGCCGACGUGGUGUGUCAUGCUCUGGAGUUUUGUAAGCAGGAUGCUGGCCAAUCACAGUGCCAUCUCUACCCUCUUCCCCAGGAAGCCUGGAAAUUUAUGCUAGAGAAGGCAAGAAAAAUCAUCAAGAAAUCCCCAACCAUGAAAUACCAUAGAAGUGGUUCCAGUAUUUGUUCACUACCAUUUUUGGUCAAGAUCUGUCAGAAAAUUGAACUGUCUAUAAAAAAUGCUGUGCCAUUCAAAGAUGUAGAUUCAGAUAAAUAUAGUGUUUUCCCAACGCUACGGGGCUACCACUGGCGAGGGAGAGACUGUAACGACAGUGACAAGACAGCAUACCCAGGCAGAAGGCCAGACAACUGGGAUGUCCAUCGGGAUUCAAACUGUAAUGGCAUUUGGGGUAUUGAUCCAAAAGAUGGAAUUCCAUAUGAGAAGAAAUUCUGUGAAGGUUCCCAGCCCAGGGGAAUCAUUUUGCUGGGAGACUCAGCUGGGGCUCAUUUUCACAUCCCUCCAGAAUGGCUCACAGCUUCACAGAUGUCUUUGAAUUCCUUCUUCAACUUGCCGACAGCUCUCACUGAUGAGCUCAACUGGCCCCAACUCUCUGGUGUUACUGGAUUUCUGGAGUCUACUAGUGGAGUUGAAGAAACAUCCAUUUACCAUCGCUUGCGGAAAAGAAACCACUGCAACCACAGGGACUACCAAAGCAUCUCCAGAAAUGGUGCAUCUUCCCAAAAUCUGGAGAAUUUUAUAGGAAGCUUGUCUAGGAACCAGGUGUUGGACCAUCCAGCCAUCGUCAUAUAUGCCAUGAUUGGGAAUGACGUCUGUAAUGGGAGAGCUGACCCAGUACCAGAAAUGACCACUCCUGAGCAAAUGUACUCCAAAGUCAUGCAGACUCUGAAGCAUCUCAACUCUCACCUGCCCAAUGGCAGCCAUGUUAUUUUAUAUGGCUUGCCGGAUGGAACCUUCCUCUGGGAUAAUUUGCACAACAGAUAUCAUCCUCUAGGUCAGCUGAAUAAAGAUGUGACCUAUGCACAGUUGUUCUCCUUCCUGAGCUGCCUCAAGAUCAGUCCUUGCAGCGGCUGGAUGUCUUCCAACAAGACCCUCCGGACUCUCACCUCAGAGAGAGCAGAACAACUCUCCAAAACACUGAAAAAAAUUGCAACCAGCAAGAUAUUUACGAACUUCAAGCUUUUCUACAUGGAUUUUGCCUACCAUGAAAUCAUAGAGGAGUGGCAGAGGAGAGGUGGCCAGCCCUGGCAGCUCAUCGAACCAGUAGACGGAUUCCACCCCAACGAGGUGGCCUCACUGUUGUUGGCAGAUCUUUUCUGGAAGAAGAUACAGUUUCAAUGGCCUCAAGUCCUGGGAAAGGAAAAUCCAUUCAAUUCCCAGAUUGAGCAGGUGUUUGGAGACCAAGGAGGACACUGAGUGUCUCCAGAAUGCGCACCACUGAGGAGCACAGGGAGACAGGAACGUGGAGAAACUCUCUUGUCCACCCGAAUGGGGCUGCUGUGCCACAGGCCCAAAGCCUUCUUUAGCAGCAUCUUUGCAGAAUAUUUUCCUCUCAACCAAGAACAGACCUGAAUAGCAAUAUGGCACCAGUGCUUCUGGGAAUUGAACCCGGGUCCUCUACAAGAGCAAUCAGUGCUCAACCUCUGAGUCAUCUCUCCAGCCCCAUUGUAUCAUUUUAUACAAGGAACUUGAGCAUCCUCUCAUCUACUUAGGGUCCUGGAACAAAGAUGUAGAGAAAAGACAGGGUGAUAUCCACAUAUGCACAAGAACUCUGAUCAGGUUAUCAAACAACUUCUUAUACAAAUUCAGUGCUGACUCUUUGUUUGCCCAGGCCCACCUGUGCUGCCAAUAUCCCCACAUUCAGUCAGUACAUUUUUCCACAUUCUGUUUCAAAGAGCUUGCUUGGCACAGCCCAGAGGUAUGAGAUAAUUAACCCCACUGGAGGAAGUAAGGACCAGUGGACGAAUGUCCUGGCUUUCUCUAUCAGUAGGAGCAUUCUGUAUACUUUGCAGGAGGCCAGCAGCAGCAUCUCCCUUCACUUGCAGUAAAGACCUCCUUAGUACAUCCCUAUAGGAAUGCUACCUCUCCUUGUCUCCCUCUCCUGAUUCCUGAGAUCUCUUCCCAAAUAAAUUACCUGCACCCAAAUCUUUGUCUCAAUAAAGACAAUGUUCAAAGGAUAACAUGGGCACAAUUGAUCAGUUAUCCCUCAGUAUUUGAAGACCCUGGCUCUGGGAUCCCUUGUAGAUACCAAACCCCUUGGAUGUUAGGUCCCUCAUAUAAAAUGACGUGGUCUUUGCAUAUGACUUACACACAUCCUCCUAUGUACCCUAAAUCAUCUCAAGCUUACUUGUAAUCCUUAAUAGCAAUGUAAAUUCUGUCUAAAUCACUGUAGAAACAUAUUAUGUAAGGAAUAAUUACAAAAUAAAAGUCUGCAUGUGCCCACUAUGGAC